AUGGUGGCGUCGUCCCUCGCCUACAGCGCCAUCUUCGGGCCGGCCUACGGCUGCGGCAUGGUCGGUUUAAUUUUCGUCCACGAGUGCGGGCACAUCCUCGCGAUGCGGUACUACGGGCUGCCCUUCAGCCCGAUGCUCUUCAUCCCCUUCGUGGGCGCGGUGAUCCAGAUGCAGAAGCUUCCCGCGACUGCUGCGCAAAGCGCCGUCGUCGCCCUGGCCGGGCCUGUUGUUGGAGGCGUCGCGGCGGGCGCGACGGCGUUUGCUGGGCACGCCACCGGCUCGCAGCUAUUGAUGGCGCUCGGGGACUGGGGCUUCAUGAUCAACCUGUUCAAUCUGUUGCCGAUCGGGGGGCUGGACGGCGGGCGCGUCGCGGAUGCGUUGCACCCGGCAUUGCCGGCGCUCGGUCUGGUGGGCGGCGUGGGCUUGGCGGCUUCCGGAGCCAUUGCCAAUCCCAUAUUCUAUCUCGUGCUCCUCUCGGGCGCGUUCCAGGUGGGUGGCCAGCUCUUCGGAUUUUCACAGCCGCCGCCGGCGCACUACCGGAUGACGGGCGGUCCCAUGAUCGCCACGGCGCUAGCUUACGUCGGGUGCAUCGGAAGUCUCGUGGCCGGCAUGGCUUUGAACAAUGUGGGGCGAAAGUCGCCGCGCCGCAUCGAGGCGGAACAGCGCGGCGAGAUCAUCGACCGGGCGCCGACGGGCGGCGGCGACGGCGUCUACGACGACUACUUCGCGGAGUUCGACGAUAGCAACAGUCGCCGCGACGACCGGUGGGGCGGGUAAGUGUUUCUAGUGUCUCUGUGUACGCUAGCUAAUUAUUUGGCAACUAUGAAACGAGCGUGUUAUCGCUCUAUCGGUGGAACAGAGCGACUGAACUAGCAGGUGUGCCUGGUCUACUGCUGCUGCGCAAUUCGUGAUGAGGGCGUGCGUUGUUUUUGCGGCGGCAGCCAGCGCCAUGUCGACCACUACAAAACCGACCGUGCGCUUCACUGGCGGCGGAAUUGAUGUGAGCGCACCCAUCGAGGCCGUAGCGAUGGGCCGGAAGCGGCCCACGCUUAUGGACAUCGCUGACGAGGCGGGCGUCCACAUCCCUCGGUCGUGUUGCGCCGGGACCUGUGCUGUUUGUGAAGUAAAGAUCACGCGUAACGGCCGCGAGCGGACCGUGCGCGCCUGUACGGCGACGCCGCGCGACGAGGAUGUCGUAGACGUCAGCUCGGGCGACGCGGAGCUGGCGCGAAUGAUGGCGCGCUUCGAGGGCCAGGACGGCCUAGACUACGGUAGGGUGGCGCCCGCGGCGCCGUCCAGGCCAGCCAGGCCACCGCCGCCACCCGUGUACGAGGACGCCUGGAGGGAACCCGAGCCAGUAGUCUUCGCCGACGACGACGACGAUUUCUCGAUAGGCGGCGCGGCCCCGUGGGAUGUGAUACAGUAAUGGUAAUUAUGUCAAAAA